UUUCUAUCACGUACACCGUACACGGGAACCCGAGGGUGGAAAAGCCAGGACAGGUGGUCGAGGGCGGCCUGCUGUCAAGUAAAUCCGGGUUUUUAGCAGUCGUUCCCGCUUCACGCGAACACGACACGGCACCUGUGAGCAAACAGAAGGAUAUCCUGUGGGUUUCGUACCCGGAGCCAUUCCCACAUCGCCUAGGUCUCCACUUACCAGCGGCAUCCUGCGCUCAUCAUCGAACGUGUACACAGGUCAUGCAUACCAAACUAAUUUGAGAUAACAUUCACGAUUCAACAUCAUUCUACCCGCACCGGAUGGUAACAUAAACUACUCAUGAAUGACGAAUUAAUAAAUACGUUCUGGAAACUAACUGGACUACUAAAUUUGGGAUUGGAAUACAUCUAUCCAUUGUUGAUCGUGUGGGAGUGAACGUCGUCUAAUCAGGCCAGUGAAGGUCUGAGCUAGCCAUAUACCCGCGAACCUGAACUCAUUGACCGCUGCUGUAUGUGGAGGUGCUCCAACAUCGUUGAAGGUAGCAAAUAUUUGACAUCAUUAACCUGACUUUUUUGUAUAUAAAACAUGGCUCUACGACAAGCUGUGAGGAAUGUAUCCGUGAUUCUCUUCGUCAUCGUGAUCAAAUGCCAGACCUCGUCGUCGAGAGCUGACGACGAUGACGACGGCAAUUCAUCCAAAGAGUACAGCGAACCCUUGACCAGAUCGUCGUCGGCAUCAAGAGCCCUGUUUAGUACCGUAGCUACCAUGAAGCCGCCCAUGCGGAGAGCACCGAGAGGGCUGAACAGCAACAGAAAUGACGUCUAUAUAAGCGAAAGGGUUUGUGGAGAUGACGGGGUUUUCUAUGACAAUAUAUCAGAAUUGAACAAAGCUGGCGCUAAGCUGCUGUUGGAAAUAUUUUGUGAAUCUGGUUGUUUAAUACCUCAAGAAAAUCCAUGCUCGAGCUCGGUACCAGUUUGCACGGGUCCUCCUGAAAACCGCAGAGUCUAUGAGAACGAAUGCGAGCUCCGAAGGAUUAACUGUGAAAGACUUGAAAACGAUCUCCCGCCAAUAAAACAAGUUGAUCCAAGUUUAUGUGGACUAGAAAGUUGUGGACAACCCAUACCGAGCCCCUGCCCUACCAAGGUACCUGUGUGCGCGGGUCAUGGGGACAACUACACGAUCUAUGAAGAUAUGUGCCAUGUCGACCAAACAAGAUGUAACCGAAAGGGAAACGGUCUCAGACCAAUAAUUAGUGAAAAAAUCGGCCGUUGUCAAGUAGAAGUAAAUGAAAGCCAACUGACCUGUCACGAUAUUCUCCGGGGCAAGUGCCCAAGGGGAACCUUCGGGAAACAGGUUUGUGACAUCACGAUCACCACGACAAAUAAGGUCGUGACAAAAACCUUUCGGAAUAUUUGCAGAGCGUUGCACAAGCGAUGCAAGAAGAUGGACGACACGUGCUAUUCAAUCGAAGGCAACUGUAGAUCUCACGAAGGUAAAUACAACGUCACGAAUUACCCUCCGAGGCAAGAUUGCGCAAGGUACAUCAGACAUAGUGUAAUGUAGUGAUUGUAUAAAUCACUACAUAUACACAGUCUAGACUUCAUAAUGUAUAUGCUCAGAACCAUCCUUUUCAACCCCCUUCUCAGAACCCUUUUUCAUUAAUUUAAUCCAAGCCAUUAAAACCCUUAUUGUUCAUAGUCAAACAAACUCCAAUCAGAGAACAAAGAACUGCCUUCCCCUUCCCAAUAAUUAAACCCCCUCUAGUCCUAUAUCCAAACCCUUGGAUUAUAAUUUGUGUAGAAGCUUUAAUAUAUAUUGAGUGUACACCCAAGGCUUGAGAGGAGAUAAGUUAAGAUCAUCACAGAGUUCAGAUCUACAUCGUCGUACGUUGUGAUAUGCUUCUACUCUACAUGUAAUAUUGCUGAAGAUUGAUGAUUAAUAAAGUUUCUUGAUUGAAAUGUA